CUGGACCACUUUCCAACUACAGAGGGCAACUCACACCACGCAGCUGCAGCGACGCCGGGAAUUUUUUUUUUAUUUCUUUUAUGACAGCGCGUUUGAUUUGAUUAAAAAAAUAGGUCGCAUACUGUAGUUGGAGUGUUAAUACAAAGUGUGCUCGUUCUCACAGUGCAGGAUAGAGUUGAACCAAAAACGUACACACAGAUAUACAAUCGAGAGCCUGUAGUACGAUAGCAGUGGAUUUUACAGCGUGUGGAAGGUUUACUACUCAUCUGUUGACAGCAGGAGCAGUACACUAAUAGAAACGCUUGGAUUUAACGCCCAGGACGCCGAGAUCGCACUUAACGUCAGUGACGGACCGGACGAUAAUGUAAGUGGCCAGAGCGAUCUCCCAAAGAUCAUUAAGUACUUCUGGGCACAAUGCCUACUACUUAAUGUCGUCUACUCUUGCCUCGAUGUUAUCACAGUGCUCGUGAAGCGUUUGACUCUUUAAUAGACUGAUAGAGGCUGUUAACAAGGGGCCGAUUUGUCCACUUGGCUGUACAUCUGAGCGGCACGGACUGGACCUCAGUGGACAAUUGGACUUUACAUCGCGAGCGUCAUCUUGCAGGCUGGCGGUAAGAGGGCAGGAUCAUUCAGAAAGAUUUAAACGGAACACAGCACUGAUGUGAGUGAAGACAGUGGAUUAGAAGUCAGGGAGAACAAAAUGGCGUGGAGAGAACGCUGUGACUUACACCGCGUCUUACUAGCGGUGGUCUUGUUAGGCCAGAUCUUAUUAUCGUCUGCAGUAAAUCACAUGUGGUGGAACUUAGGCGUUCUCCGGAACCCUCAGCUGUACAUCUUAAGCGCUCAGCCCCUGUGUAGCCAGCUGCCGGGGCUGUCCGUCCAGCAGACCAAGCUGUGCCAGACCUACCAGGACCAUAUGCCGGCCAUCAGCCGCGGGGCUCGUCUGGGGAUCCGGGAGUGUCAGCGACAGUUUAUGGAGAGACGGUGGAACUGUAGCACGGUGGAUGACGCCUCGGUGUUUGGCCCGGUGAUCAAUAUAGCGAGUCGAGAGGCAGCAUUUGUGAACGCUAUAUCUGCGGCAGGAGUUACAUGGUCCAUCAGCCGAGCGUGCCGAGACGGGGAGCUCCGUAAGUGCGGCUGUAGCGGGGCUCUGCGCCCGAAGACCCUACACAGAGACUGGAUAUGGGGCGGGUGCGGGGAUAACCUCGUGUACGGAUACAACUUAGCCACGGGGUUCGUGGAUAUACGAGAACGGGAAAUGAACCAUCCGAGAUUCUCGAAAGAGCUGGCGAGAAUGCUGAUGAACUUGCAGAAUAAUGAAGCCGGUAGAAGGGCUGUCUACAAAUUCGGGAAGAUUGCAUGCAAAUGCCACGGUGUCUCCGGCUCGUGCAGUUUGAAGACCUGCUGGCAACAACUCCCGCCAUUCCGCGAAGUAGGCGAGCGCCUUAAAGACAAAUACGACGGCGCUACGGAGGUGCAUUUCAACCGGCAGGGGACGCGGUUAGACAGGGCGAACAAACUCUACAACAAGCCCACAAAAGACGACUUAAUUUACUUAGACAGGUCUCCGGACUAUUGUGAGCCGGACCCUAAGACGGGUUCCCUGGGCACACACGGCAGACAGUGCGACAGGCGGUCGGAGAGCACGCGGGGGUGCGCCCUUAUGUGCUGCGGGCGGGGAUUCAACUCGUUUAAAAAGAAAGUGAAGGAGAGAUGUCACUGUAAGUUCCAUUGGUGUUGUUACGUCAAGUGUGACACGUGUGAGAAGAUAGUGGAUGUGGAGGUGUGCAAGUAACUCGUCACUAACAGACGGUUGGAGGGGGGUGGAGGAAGAGAGAUUAGAAAUUCUGGGAAAAGGGUUGAAAAAUAUCCCCCUUCGUCAGAGAAAUGUAAAAACACUCUACUCAACACAAGGGAAACUGAGGGUUCGCCGAGAAGUCGUUUCAUCAGUGAUAAAUAUAUCACAGAGCUGGAAAACGGCGCCAUUAUUGUGAAAGUAGAAACUGUAUCACACAUGGCGACCAGCUUCCUGCAAUCUGAAUACUCAUACUGGACAGACGAUGUCUUCACCGCCCAGAGAACAUGGGAAUCAUCUGAGUGAUGACAAGUGAUUCUUUGAUAUUCUUUUGCCAGGGGUUAGCACGAGCAUGAAUUUUUAUCUAUUUGAAGCC